AUGAGCGAAUUUCAACUCGAAACCUCCUCCAAACCAGAUGAGGGCUCUGCGAGGAGAAUUAGACCUGGUACGAAGGCUGUAGAUAUGGUGAUGGGUCCUCCACUGGUUCCUCUCAGUCAGCUUGACUCGCCAUUCCAGCUUCAGGAGCACCUCAAAGCCCUUUACGCGACCUUGACGCACACUGAAGCCUCCGAUCAGACCAUUCCGAUCACGAAAGAAACAGCCAUGCAAAUUACCACCCCUCCGCAGCUAAACGAAGCCGAGUCAGUAGAUAGAAAUCUAUGGCUUUAUGAGCUCUGUCGAUUCCUCACACAGAAGGCAAACAUUGUCUCCAUAUUCCUUAUGAAUGAUACACCUGCCUGCUCGAGCCAGACGUGUCCAGAAAUGCGAGCCAGCGAAUGGCAGUACUUAUGUGCCGUCCAUGAUCCUCCCAAGUCAUGCUGUGCCAUUGACUAUUGCAAUCACACACUCGACUGGGCUGCCAAUGUACUCACAAGUCCGAGGAACUUCCCGUCGCGACUCGCCUUGGGUGGUGAGGGGGGAAAUGCCACUAACAGCAUGAAGCACCUGACGAACAUUUUCCGAAGAGUGUACAGGAUCUUUGCGCAUGCUUGGUUUCAACAUCGUGAGAUAUUCUGGUCUGUCGAAAGCACUCAUGGUCUAUACAUUCUGUUUAAGACAGUAUGCGACGAGUACCAUCUCAUUCCAGAAGAGAGUUACACAAUUCCAGCAGAAGCCGCAGGGGCUCAAGAAGCGAGUGAUGGUGAGCGCGUGCCCCCCAACGAUGGUUCAUCGAAGGUUCAAAUUCUGCGCAAAGAUGCCUCCUUGGAAGCAGGAGAUGGCGUGAGCACUCCACCAGAUAAUACGCUUACAAUCGCCCAAAAUUCAGCUGCCACCGCACGCCGACACAAACACAAACACACACCCAGUACCGGAAGUCUGGUAGACACGAUCACGGAAGGUCUUGAAGAGGAAGAAGAGUCAACCCAGACUCCAGUCGAAGUUGCAGACCCAUCAAGUCAACUUCAAGCCUUUACAGAGACUUCUCAGAUUCCUGAAACUCCGCUGAAAGACAAAGAUCCUUCACCAGUUCGACAAUUGCCAAAGUUGGAUCUCAGUGCCAUAGUACCUAAAUAUGAGCCUCGAGCUCCCGAAGACCCAACACCGACGCCAACACCUGGAGACACUGACCCUCUCGCGGCUGAGGCAUCAAAAGAUCCAGGAGCUAGCGAUGCAAAUAGCGAGAAAGAAGAGUCAGUACCAGAGGUCCUCAAGGUGGAAAUUAAGAAGGUUGACAACGAUGAAGAGGAAGAAGUCAAAUCGCCAUCUGGGGGUAGCAUCCGUACAGGUGGCUCCGAUGUAUUACAAGCCAUAUUAGGGCAUCUCUCAGAUGGAGAUGAAGAAGAAGAUGAGCGGGAACGAGAGAGACGGAACAGUGCUGCUUCGGACUCAACCUUCUCUGGUAGGCAGAGCAUUGGAAGCGCUAUUGGAAGCCCGUCUGUGCUAGAAACAAAGAUCGAAGUCACUGCCAUCGAGGAUGACGAAGAUGACGACGAACCGUCCGAGGACAAGAAAGGCCAUGGUGGGGCCAAAGCAAUCAACUGA